AUGGAGCCGCGACGGCUCCUCGCCGACUUGACGGCCACCGCGCCACAGCCGACGACCGCGCCGCUGGUCGCCCGGAAUUGCCGCGGCCUUAACCUUCCCAUCGGGGGUGUCCUCUCCAUGCCCAACGGGGAGCUUGUCACGCUUACCGCGGCCGCCGCUUUCAAGCCCGUGUGCACCCCGGUUACGCCACCGGCCAUCAUCGCCAACGGCGGAGGAGGAUCCGUCACAAUUGACGACAAGACUGAGGUGACGGGCCCGAAUCAACAGAUCCAGGACCCCUACGACCCCUUUUACGCAUCGACCUUCCCUCAGUGCUACGCCCUCGCUGCGACGACAGUGGUGGCGUACAUGCUGGUCAUCAUGCUCUUCAUCACCCCGAGGUCCUUCCUUGAUGGCGGCGUCGUCGUGCUGGGCCGAAGGGGCUUUACCAAUGGCGGGGCUGGUCCAACCAUUGGUGGGCGGCCCUGGUUGCAGAAGGUUGCCGCCCUUACCGUCGCCAUUUCCUUGACUAUCGCCAGCGUCGCCACGUUUGAUGUGGCCGAAGAACAGUAUUCACUCGGCGUCCAGAACGCUGCGGAGCUGCAGAUAAAGGUGCUUGGCGGCAACGAGCUCAAGAUCAUCCGCAUCAUAUCGAACACCUUUUUGUGGCUCGCCCAAGCUCAGACUCUCAUCCGCUUAUUUCCUCGGCAGCGAGAAAAGGUUAUGAUCAAAUGGACCGCCUUCGCCCUCAUCACGCUCGAUGUCAUCUUUCAGUCGCUCAACAGCUUUCAAUAUGAACAACAAGGGGUGGCCCGGCCCGGGUCGUUUCAGCAUGCCGUGCCCGCCCUCAGCUAUCUGUUCGCUCUCUCCCUAGGCGUUCUCUAUGCCGCCUGGGUCAUUUAUUAUUCCCUCUUGAAGAAGAGGUACGCCUUUUGGCACCCCCAAAUGAAGAACAUGCUGUUGGUCGCGGUUUUGUCGCUGCUCUCCAUCCUUAUCCCUAUAGUCUUUUUCAUUUCCGACGUCAUCCAGCCCGAAUUCACCGGAUGGGGAGAGUACGUUAGAUGGGUCGGAGCAGCGGCCGCCAGCGUCAUCGUCUGGGAGUGGGUGGAGAGGAUAGAGGCUCUAGAGCGUGAAGAGAAGAAAGACGGGAUCCUCGGCAGGGAGGUAUUCGACGGAGACGACAUGCUGGAGAUGACUGAUUCAGAUGACGGGUUCAGAAAGAGGAAGAAAGGGGGUGACGACGGAGAUAAAGGGACCAGUAUUGAAAGUGGGAGGCAUGACAGCCUCAGCAGUGGACGGAAUAACAGAUGGCCGACGGUCACGGCGCUCAGAGCACGAUAUAGGUCUCGGUCCGGACCCAGGAAGGCCGCGGAUCCCACAAACACACAGUCAACGAAUCACGACAGGAUACGAUUCCUCCAGCCACCGCUGUGGCCUGCCAGACCAGCUCCCGCAGUCACACCGAUCAGCCGCACAGACACUGCCAGCGCCGCCAGCACCGUCUAUGCCAUCAGGUACGGUGCUCCUACCGAGACCACAUCCCGCACGCCACCUCCGGCGCACAAUACCUCCCCGUUGUCUCAAAGCCAUAGGACAGCUUCAGGCCGCGCCAGCCAUGAAGGAACCCAGAGCGAGGAUGGUGAUACGGCCGGCCCACCCGCGCAACCCACUCCGGCACUUCAGGAAGCGACGCCCGUACCUAACCGGUGGCGGGCGCUAGCAGGGCGCGUCCCGUUCCGGUCUCCACGCCAGGCUGACGAGGAGCGGGCUGUUCCGGCAUCCGAGGAGAACAUGCCACGCAAGGAGGGAGGCGGUGGCGGCGCCAAGUGGGACUUGCGUGCGCGCGUCGAGGAGUUCGCGGCGAUGCAAGCAGAGAGAUUUCGCGAGAAGUUCCGGACGGCCCCUGACACCGACAGCCUGCCGGUGACGGUCAUUCCUGCGCCGCCCCGCCAGGGUGCGGCGCUUGCUCAGCUUUUGGAGGAGGAGGAGUUGGAGGCUCGGCGGGCUGCAGCUUUUGCGACAGAUCGACGGAGUAGCAGUUUAUUGAGGAGUAUGCCGCUAGGGGACGAAUUGCCGGUCGAGCCGUCGAGGCAGCAGUUGCGACCAAUUGUCACGCCGGGCGAGUUGGGGCCGGUGGCUAGGAUUUCUCGUCGGCUAUCAGUGCCGCUUGCGGACACGGCGGUUUCUCCCCAACCAGAACCGGGAGCGCCGCAGCUGGGAAUUAGCAGGUCGCCGCAGCCGCCAUUUGGUUUUGAUACAUCUGUGGUGGAUCAACACUCCUCAGAUUCUCAACCGGGCGUUACUCCUGGUCCUAGUCUGGACCACGGAGGUGCGCCUCCUCCCUCUGUUUAA